AUGAGUAUGGCCGGCAUGGAAGACACCACCUGCAAGAUCUCCAUGACCUGGAACUGGUACACCGUGGGAGCCUGCUUCAUUUCCCAAUCCUGGCAGGUCACCUCAAGGGGCAUGUUCGUGUGCUGCUGCAUCGGGGUGAUCCUCCUCGUCAUGUCACUCGACCUCCUGCGCCGGCUCCAGCGAGAAUACGACGGUUGGUGCCGCCGUAUGGAUCGCAAAGCCUUUGUUGCCAUUUCGGCAGGAUCCGAAGACCCAUACUCGAGUUCAUCAGAGCUGGGGACAGGCCCUGCCGGCAAGGCACACAGUGUCGCCGUCGCUGUUAUCAGCACACUCAUGUCCGCACGCGCGCCUCUCCCGCGCCGACGCAUCGCCCGGUGGAUCCUGAUCCAGCGACAUGUCAUACGCUCGCUCGGCCAUAUGAUCCAGUUCGGGUUGGCAUAUUUUAUCAUGCUUCUGGCCAUGUACUACAAUGGCUAUAUCAUCAUAAGUAUCCUCAUUGGGGCGUUCCUCGGAGCCCUCGUCUUCAAUUGGGACCAAGUUGCCACAGAGUAA